AUGGCAAAGGUUUACGUUGGUAACCUGAGCUGGAACACGACCGAUGACGGUCUUGCGCAUGCUUUCAGCCCCUACGGCCAGCUCACGGACUACAUCGUGAUGAAGGACCGCGACACGGGCCGUUCGCGCGGCUUCGGCUUUGUCACGUUCAUGACGCAGCAAGAGGCGGAUGCCGCGAUCGCGGCGCUGAACGAGCAGGAGCUCGAUGGCCGCCGCAUUCGCGUCAACAUGGCUAACUCGCGUCCCCCUAUGGGCGGCAUGGGUGCCAACCUUGGAUACAGCGGCCUCACCGGCGGCUAUGGCGCGGGCGCGUACGGUGCUGCGCAAGCCGGCUACGGUGCAUACGCAGGCGCGCAGCCGGCGAACUUCGCCUAUGGCCAGCAGGCUGGCUACGGCGGCUACCAGCAGCAGCCUUACGGCGCUCAGCCUGCUGGCUACCCCGCUCCCCAGGCCUACCCCGCGCAACAGGGUGGAUUCGCUGCCUACGGUGCCCAGCAGCCGUACGGCGCUCCUGCCCAGAACUUCCAGCCCCCCCAGCCGCCGCAGGGCGGUGCUGGCUACGGUGGUCAGGGCUACUAA